AAUAAUUUACACGACUUUACCAUUGAUUGACACAAUGUUUGCGUUGACCACACAUUUGAUGAGAUCAUACAUUACAAGACAUAAUUGUCUAUCAAAUGUCUCAACUAAACGAUUGUUAAGUCAAAUAAAGUUUUUAAAAGAUCAACAAUUAAGAAGAGAUGCAAAGUUACAGUCAAUUCAAGAAGUUGUUCUUCAGAAGAAAAGUGAAACUAAUGGUAACAUAAAUUGGCAACAAUUGGUGACUCAAUUAACUCAACAAAGGCUUGUCUUUAAACAUAAUUAUGAGUUUGAUUUGAUGGCAGCAUUUCUGUUGAAUAACGGUAAUGACUGUCACAAAGUUGACCACAAAUUGUUUAAAUCAUUAGUUAAUUACAUAAAGUUGUCGCCAAAUAUCACUAACAACUGUAUCGCUGCCUCUCGUUAUUGUCAUUUCAUUAGUCAUUUCAGUGACUUUAUUGACAGUACAGACGCUCAACUCAUCCGACAGACAACUGAUGUGAUAAUAAAUAAAUAUGAAGACAACAAAGUUGCCGAUCAGGUGGCCAUUGAUUGUGUCAUAGGUUUAGCCAAAUCAUCAAAAGAUAAUUGUGUUCACGCAAUGAAACUCUUGAAUCAAUUGAAAUCAAAUGACAAAAAUCUAAUCAUUUCUUUAAUUGACUCAUCAAUUAAACACAAACUUUUUGAUCACACAUUUGAUUUGACUAAAAAAUAUCCGGAUUUUAAAUUUGAUGACAAAAUGAUUGGCAAAUUAGUUGAAUACAUAAAUAAUUCAAAUAUUGGUUUCGAUCAGACAUUAGAUAUAUUUAGAAAUUUUUCAUUUAAUUUGGUUGUCUUUGAAACUCAUUUGAAAGAUAUUAUUAUCGAAAUAAUGAAAAGAUUUGAAUUUAAAGAAAUGAAUACAAUUGUCGACAGAAAGGGUUUGUGCAGCAGUUGUGGACAAACUCUUGACAAAUUGUCGACUGAAGAUCACCAAAAUUUGAUUUACUUAUUCAAAGACAAGAUAUUUAACAAACAAAAUGAUUUAAUGAUGGCUUCAUUUUCUGAAUAUGAAAAAGAGUUGGAAAAUUUUCACAAAUUUAUUAAGAAACAAACUACUAAUAGACCUCUGGAUCUAGUCAUCGAUGGUCUCAAUAUAGCAUUUGCUACACACGCAGACAUUGUUGAAGACAAGUCUCAGUUAAGAAAAUAUGUUUAUAGAUAUGACAGAGAGGUUAUCGAUAGAAAUGCUGUCGAAAUGCUUUUGAGAAAUAAUAUUUUUGACAAAUUUGAUAAUAUUUUAAUGAUUGGUAGAAGACAUAUGAAGAAUUGGAAACUUCUAACUAAUCUUAUUUGGGAUCACAGGAAACAAAUGACAAUGUUUUAUACGAUGGAUAAGACACGAGAUGACUGCUAUACACUUUAUGCUGGCCUUCAAAACCCAAAUACUUAUAUACUUUCGGGUGAUUUCUAUAGAGACUAUUUGACUAAACUUGAAAUCAAACCAUAUUUAUUCAAAAGAUGGUUAAGAACUCAUCAGAUCUUCAUUCAAAAUAAAAAGAUAAUGAUAUAUCCGGAUCAGUUUGAAUAUAAAAUUAAUAUAUCUAAAGAUAAUAAGACAUUACAUAUACCAUUUAAUAACUCUGACAAUACAUUAAUCAAUUGGUUGUGUUUUCAAAAACAAUGA